AUGCUCCACGCACAGACGACGGUCAAGCCGCCCAAGAAGGAGCGGCCAUCACCGGCGUCGUCGAUCGCAAGCGUCCUCGGGCAGCUCGACGCGUACGAGAGAAGCGUCUGCAACAAGAAGUCCGACUUGACGCUGCCUAUCGUGGGCGCGCCAGCGCCGUCCUUGUCUCCGUCCAAGUCGCGCCAAAAGCUCAUCAAGCAGAUCCAGUCCAACGCGAGCCUCGACCGCGGGCCGCCGCCACCAGGACCACCGCCGCCGCCCGAGAACGUCUCACUCGUCGAGUACCUCGAAGCCGUCGUGCCCGUCGAGAAGCUCGUCGAUCAUGCCAAUGCACUCACGCGCCCGCAGCUUCCCAUCGCUUGUUAUGCCGACCUCGACGAUGCUGGCGGGCGCGCCUUUCUGACAACCGGGCCCAAGAAGGCUGUCGCGCUAGCCAUGGACGCUCGCACCGGCGCCAUCGGCCACUGGUCGGCCUGCACCGUCAUCGCCUACGACGCCAACGCGAGCGUCUUUGUCGUCGCGUGGCUCGCUGGCGCGCGCAUCGGGGCGCCGCUCGUGCCCCGCGUGCUGCUCUGCUUUGAGGCCGAGCCGCGCGCCCCGUUCGUAGCGCGCUUGUCUGCCGCCUUGGCGUUACGGUCCGAGGCCGAGGCCCGACUUCGCUACGAGCUGUACGUUGAAUCCAUGCCGCCCGACGUCGAGGCGCAGCUCGAUGCCGACCGUGUCAACAGCAUUCUCUCGUUCGCUCUCUCGUCCUCGCGGCUCUCGACGAAUGCGCGGACAUCCAAGCUCUUAGAGGAAGUCAACGAGGGCUACAUGCGCACGAUGAACGCAAUUCUGCUGGCCACGAACCUCCGCGACGUCGCGCGGGAAUUUCCGAUGCUCCGGCUCCCGACACCAAACGUCGUCCCCGAUGUGCCAGCCUUUGGCACCGUCCAGGUGCCAAUCUAUGACUUUAACCAGCGACGUCACAACGCGACGCUUGAUUCGUUCUUGAGUGCCCCACCAGCGAUUCAUGCGCUGCUCGACGUCCGCCACGCGUGCAACAAUAUGGGCUCGCACCUGCUGCUCAAGACGGACCAGACCAGCGACGCCGCAGUCGCCCCUCGGUCCGUCGUCUUGCCGGACUUUCUCUCGGCGCAGACGCUCGCGAAUCAAAAUGCGAUGCGCUUUCUACGCGACAACUGGACGCGGAGUGCCGCCAAGUGCAUUAUCAACCACAUGGGACCGCACUACAACCUCCUCGAGAGCCAUCGCAGCGUGUACGAGAGCUCGCCGCUGCGCCGCGUCCUUCGCCGCGUCAACCUUGUCGCUGAAGACAGUCUCCGGGAUGUUGUCACCGACACAUUCCAGGCGUAUGCUGCUUUUGUGCAGUCCAUGUGUGCCAAGACCGUCGUAAUUGCCGACACCCACGACGUCCGCGUCGACACACACGGCAAGCCUUCGUACGUCGCGCUCUUCAAGGUCGACGUCGUCAUCUCGGGGGCGCCAAAGGUUCUCAACGAAGCUGCGGUCCACGAACGCGCGGCGGCGAUCGCGGCCUGGGACAGCGACGAGCCGUGCCCGCUCGAGCCCAUCGCGCCCGAACUCGGCCACGACUUCGAGUACGCGACGCCGCCCCAUGCGUUUGCCGACGCAGUCGUGUCGCAGCUCGGUCUUGCGCUGGACCGCGUCAAGACUCUCGAGCUCAUUGAGCGCAUCGUGAUGGACCGCCUGUUCUGGCCCAACCAAGACACCAUUGCGUGUGUGAGCAUGGACGAGCCGUGGGUUGUGACGCUGGUCGCGUCGAUGCAGGUCGCGCUCACCGAGGCGUUGUCGCCGAUGCAUGCGUACUUGGCGCUCCUCGCCAAGCACAUUCCGCUCCUGAACCUCAACGUGCUCGAGUACCUUGGCAGUCUUCUCAAAGCGCCGGAAGCCAAAGACGAUCCGAACGAAAUCGAUGUGACGCCGCCGAUGGAGAUCAACGAACUGCGGCGCGUGAUCCUGAAACACCGCGAAGCCGAGCGGUUGAUUCUAGAGGCGCUGCCAUCGACGCCCGUGAACCUCGGCCUCGUCGCCGUCGACGUGGGUCACGUCCGUCUCUUCCUCGCCAAGAAACACGCCGAGAUUUACACCAAGCUCCUCGAGACGCAAGUGGCCUUUUGCUACCGGCUUGCGACCAAACUGACAUCCAGUUUUGACGAGAUCAACGCCAACUUGGCCGUGACGCCCAAGGACGUCGAGGGCUUGACGGCGCUCCAAGAGUACAUUGCGUCGGUCCCUGCGACGCUACAGCCACUCCAGGAGGACAUUCGCGUCAUGCUUCUCAACAACGACCUCGUCGACGACUUUGGCUUCCUCGUCUCGGACGAGCACCUCCGGCUCAAGUGGAACGUGCUCGGGUGGCCGGGGCGCAUUCACACGCAGAGCGCGCGCUUCAAAUGGGCGCUCGACGAGCGCAAGGCAAAAUUCGCCAAGCAAAUGGAGGCCGAGCAAGAGCGGUUCGAGAAGACGCUGGCGGCGCUCGUCGAAGAAGUUGACGCGUUCGCACGCUACGACAACCUCGCGCACGUCGAGGACAUUGCGCACCACGCGAUGGCGGUCCAGAAAAAGCUCGACCAAGCGUCGUCGGACGCGGCGAUCUUCAAUUCGCGCGAGGUGCUCUUUGGCAAAGACAUGACGAGCUACGACGUCCUCGCGCUCGCCAAAAAAACGUUCGAGCCCUACAACCAGCUCUGGGGCACGGCGUACAAUUGGCUCCAGUCGCGGAAGCAGUGGACGCAAGGCAGCUUCUCGGACGUCAACGCAGAAGAGAUUGAACGCGCCGUCGAGACGUAUGGCGGCACGAUCGCCAAGGCCGCCAAGUUCUUCAACGCGAGCGGCAACGAGGCGUGCGCGCGCAUCGCCGAGACCAUCAAAGAGCAGGUUGGCGUGUUCAAACCGUAUGUGCCGCUCAUUCUCGGCCUCCGGAACCCGGGCAUGCGGCCGCGGCACUGGGCCGAGCUCAGCAAGGUCCUCGGCUUCACCCUCGAGCUCGACGAGAGCUUUACGCUCAACAGUAUUUUCCGGCUCAAUUUACUCGACCAAAUCGACGAAAUCGUCAAGGUCGCUGAAGCCGCGGGGCGCGAGUACCAGAUCGAGGCCGCUUUGAACGCGAUGAAGACGCAGUGGGAAGCAAUCGACCUCCAGAUCCUCUCGUACCGCGAAACGGGCACGUACAUCAUCAAAGGCGUGGACGAGAUCCAGAUCGUGCUCGACGAGCACAUUACGAUGACGCAAGCCAUGAUGUUCUCGUCCUUCAAGGGUCCGUUUGAGGAGCGCAUCACGGAGUGGAAUGGGACGCUGCAGCUCAUCUCGGAGAUCCUCGAAGAGUGGCUGGCGGUGCAGCGCAGCUGGCUGUAUCUGCAGCCGAUCUUUGAGAGCCCCGACAUCAACAAGCAGCUGCCGUUAGAAGGCAAGCGGUUCGCGUCCGUCGACAAGAACUGGCGCCAAACGCUCGCGUCGGCGCGCGCCAAGCCGCGCUGCGUGGACUUUUGCAAUUCGGGAAAGCUGCUGGAAAAGUUUCAUGAAAGCAACGUGUUUCUGGACAUGGUGCAGAAGGGGCUGAGCGACUAUCUCGAGGUGAAGCGGUCGUCGUUUGCACGCUUUUACUUUCUCUCGAACGACGAGCUCCUCUCGAUCCUCUCCGAGUCGAAAGACGUCAAGCUCGUCCAGCCGCACUUGAAAAAGUGUUUUGAAGGCAUUGUCAAGGUCGAGUUUCAAGACGACUUGACGAUCACGGCCAUGAUCUCGGCCGAGGGCGAGAGCGUCCGCAUGCACGAGCCCAUCGAUCCGAAGAAUAAGAACGUCGAGCUCUGGAUGCUCGAGGUCGAAAACAUGAUGCGCACGUCGAUCCGCGACACGAUGCAUUGCUCGAUCGUCGACUACAUCAAGGUCGACCGGAGCAAGUGGGUGCAGAAAUGGCCCGGCAUGUGCGUCUUGAAUGCGAGCCAGAUGCACUGGACGCGUGAGAUGGAGGAAGCCAUGGACAAAUUCGGUGCCGACGGCGUCAAGCUCAUGCUCAACCGACAGCUCGGCCAGCUCGCCGACAUGGUGACCAUGGUGCGGGGCCACCUCGACAAGAUGACGCGUAUUACGCUCGGCGCGCUCACGGUCAUUGACGUCCACGCCCGCGACGUGACCAAGAAGCUCGUGGCCCAAAACGUGCAGUCGAAAGCCGACUUUUUGUGGAGCUCGCAGCUCAAGUACUACUGGGACGACGACUUGUUUGCGCAAAUGGUCACGUCCAAGCGCCCGUACGGCUACGAGUACCUCGGCAACUCGUUCCGGCUCGUGAUUACACCGCUCACGGACAAGUGCUAUCUGACGCUCAUGGGGGCGCUCCAGAUGAUCCUCGGCGGCGCGCCCGCCGGUCCUGCCGGCACGGGCAAGACGGAAACCACCAAAGAUCUGGCCAAAGCGCUGGCGAAACAGUGCGUUGUCUUCAACUGCUCGGACGGCCUCGACUUUAUUGCGAUGGGCAAGUUUUCAAGGUACCACGUAGCUACUCACUUGAUCGUUGGGACCAACAUGGGCAUGAAGGGGCUGGCGUCCUGCGGCGCGUGGGCGUGUUUUGACGAGUUUAACCGCAUCGACAUUGAAGUGCUCUCGGUCGUGGGCCAGCAAGUCAUGACGCUCCAGCUCGGUAUUCGCCGUGGCGAGAAGCGCAUCGUGUUUGAAGACUCGGACAUCAAGCUCAGCGACCAGUUUGGCGUCUUCAUCACGAUGAACCCGGGGUACGCCGGGCGGUCCGAGCUCCCCGACUCGCUCGCCGCGCUCUUCCGCCCCGUCGCGAUGAUGGUGCCCGACUACGCGCUCAUUGGCGAAAUCAUGUUCUUCGCCUACGGCUUUGCCGACGCCCACGCCCUCGGCGCCAAGAUGGUCACGACGUUCAAGCUCUGCUCGGAGCAGCUCUCGUCGCAGUGCCACUACGACUACGGGAUGCGCGCUGUCAAGACGGUCAUCACGGCCGCGGGCAACUUGAAGCGGUCCGAUCCGGACAUGGACGAAGAUGUUCUCUUACUCCGGGCCCUCCAAGACGUCAACUUGCCGAAAUUUUUGGCCCACGACAUUCCGCUCUUCAACGGCAUCAUUUCGGACCUCUUCCUCGGGAAGCAGCGGCCGGUCAUCGACCUCGGCGCGCUCAUCUCGGUCAUUAAGCUCCAGACGCAAAAGAUGCAGCUCCAGCCCGUGCCGUAUUUUCUCACCAAGUGCAUCCAGCUCUACGAGACGAUCGUGGUGCGGCACGGUCUCAUGGUCGUCGGCGCGACGGGCGGCGGCAAGUCGUGCAACAUUGAGGUGCUCGCCCAAGCCCUCUCGGAGCUCAAGAGCCGCAACGAGCCCGGGUUUGCGUACGAGAAAGUCAUCAAGUACCAGCUGAACCCAAAGUCCAUCACGAUGGGCCAGCUCUACGGCGAGUUUGACGCGAAUACGCACGAGUGGCAAGACGGGAUUCUCUCGACCUUGUAUCGCACGGCGGCGUCGUGCACCAAGUCGGACCGCAAGUGGAUCAUCUUUGACGGGCCCGUCGAUGCGAUUUGGAUUGAAAACAUGAACACAGUGUUGGACGACAACAAGAAGCUGUGCCUCAACUCGGGCGAGAUGCUUCAAAUGUCCUACCAGAUGACCAUGAUGUUUGAGGUCGAGGACCUCUCCGUGGCGUCGCCGGCCACCGUGAGUCGCACCGGCAUGGUGUACAUGGAGCCGAGCACGCUCGGGUUGAACCCACUCGUCAUGAGCUGGCUCGAGAAGCUCCCAAAGACGCUGAGCGUCCACGCGCCGAGCUUUCUCCGGCUCUUUGACAUUUAUCUGCACGCAGCGGUCAUCUUUAUGCGGUCUUAUCUCAUCGAGCUGGUGCCGACGAUCGACAACAAUCUCGCGCAGUCGCUUCUAAGUCUUCUCAACUGCUUUCUCGGCCCGUACCUGGCGACCGAGCCCAUAGCGCCCGACGCAGCGUUCCGAAAUGACAUUGAGCCCAUGUUUCUGUUUUCGCUGAUCUGGUCGAUUGGCGCGACCACGAACGACCUCGGGCGCCUUCGUUUUGAUGCGUACGUACGGCUGCAGAUGCUCGCCAACAACGCGGCGACGCUCUUCCCGGCCAAAGGCCUCGUGUACGACUACAGCUACUCGAUGAAGGAGCACAAGUGGGUCUUCUGGAUGGACACGAUUCCCGUGUACCGCGUCCCGUCCGGCAUUUCGUUUGCUGAAAUUGUCGUGCCAACGUCCGACAGUGUCCGCAACACGUACCUCCUCGAGCAGCUCGUGAAAACGGGCAAGCACGUGCUCAUGACGGUCAACAUCGCGCGCUUCUUGUCGUCGCUGCCGAGCGAGUACAUGCCCGUGGCCAUGACGUUCUCGGCGCAAACGAGCGCAAACCAGACCCAGGAUCUCCUCGACAGCAAGAUGGAGAAGCGCCGAAAAGGCGUGUUUGGACCGCCCGCCGGCAAGACGUUUGUCGUGUACGUCGACGAUCUCAACAUGCCGAAGCGAGAAAAGUACUUUGCGCAGCCGCCGUUGGAGCUGCUUCGGCAGUGGUUUGACCAAGGCGGGUGGUACGACCGCAAGCUGCUGCAGUUUCGCGCGAUCAUUGACAUGCAGUUUGUCGCGUCCAUGGGGCCGCCGGGCGGCGGGCGCAACCCGAUCACGAUGCGGCUCCUCCGGCACUUUAACGUCGUGUGCUACGCCGAGCUCGGCGACGACAACAAGGCCAUCAUCUUUGCCACGAUUCUCAAUAAUUUUCUGAGCGCGUUCCCGGCCGAGGUCCAGCGGCUCGAAACGCCGAUCGUGACCGCGUCAAUUGAGGUCUACAAUACCAUCUGCAAGGAGCUGCUGCCGACGCCGGCGAAAUCGCACUACACGUUCAACUUGCGCGACCUCGCCAAAGUGUUUCAGGGCUGUUUGAUGUGCGAUCCGCGCAAGGUGACGGACGCCCAUGGCUUUCUACGGCUCUGGGUGCACGAAAACAAGCGCGUGUUUGAAGACCGCAUGGUGUGCGCCGACGACCACGCGUGGUUUGCGGCGCUGCUUUCCACGACGUGUGCAACUGCGUUUGACACGGACUUGGCAUCGAUUGUGACGACCCCGUACCUCCUCUACGGCGACUACCUCGUGCCGGGGGCCGACCCCAAGAUUUACGAAGAAGUCGUCGACGUGGCCAAGCUCCUCCCGAUCGUCGAAGAAUAUUUGGCCGACCACAACGCCGAGUCCAAGACGCCGAUGCCGCUCGUGCUCUUCAUUGACGCCGUCGAACACGUCUCGCGGAUCGCACGCAUUCUGCGGCAACCCCUCGGCAAUGCGCUCUUGCUGGGUGUCGGCGGCUCGGGGCGGCAGAGUCUCACCAAGCUGGCGACCUUUAUGGCUGGCUACAAGUGCUUUCAAGUCGAGAUCGUCAAGGGCUACGGCAUGACCGAGUGGCGCGACGACGUCAAGCGCUGUCUUUUGCUCGCGGGCUUGAAGGACAGCCCGGUCGUCUUCCUCUUCUCGGACGUCCAAGUCGUCAACGAGACGAUGCUCGAAGAUCUCAACGGCGUCCUCAACUCGGGCUCGGUCCCGAACCUCUAUGGCCCCGAAGACAUGGACCAAAUCGUCAACGCGUGCAAGGCCGACUGCCAGAAAAAGUCGAUUCCGCCCACGAAAACCAACAUUUUCGCGCAGUACAUUGUGCGCGUCCGGAAAAACAUCCAUCUCGUGAUUUGCAUGAGUCCGAUCGGCAACGCGUUCCGCGAUCGCUUGCGCAUGUUUCCGUCGCUCGUCAACUGCUGCACGAUCGACUGGUUUAGCGAGUGGCCCGCCGAAGCGCUCAACUCGGUCGCGACCGCGAUCCUCAGCGACGGCAACCUCCAGCUCGGGUCCCCGGACCAGAUGCAGCACCUCGUCGAAGUCAUCAAGUGCAUUCACCAGAGCGUCGAGCACAAGAGCAAGGAGUACUACUCGAUUUUGCGACGGUACUUUUACGUCACGCCCACGUCGUACCUCGAGCUCCUCGCGACGUUCAAAGCCGUGCUCGUCUCGAAGCGGGAGGAUGUCAACACGAUGAAAAGCCGCCUCCAAAACGGCGUCGACAAGCUCUCGGAAACCAAGGUGCUCGUCGCGACCAUGCAAGACGAGCUCGUGGCGCUGCAGCCGGUCCUCGCCGCGACCCAGAUUGAAGUCGAGCAAAUGAUGGUUCAAAUCACAAAGGAUCGCGCCGAGGCCGACGUGACGAAAGCAGUCGUUCAGAAGGAGGAGGAGAGUGCGUCGACCAAAGCGCGCGCGACCAAGGAGAUUGCCGACUCGGCCCAGAAGGACCUCGAUGAAGCUCUCCCCGCGCUCGAUGCGGCGGUGGCGUGCUUGAACAAGCUUAAGAAGGCCGACAUUGACGAAGUCAAGUCGCUGAAAACGCCGCCGGGCGGCGUCAAGCUCACCAUGGAGGUGGUGUGCCUCCUCUUUGGGCACAAGCCCACGAUGAAGGCCGACCCGGACAAGCCCGGCAAAAAGAUUGCCGAUUUCUGGGACGUGGCUCAAAAAGUCGUGCUCGCGAACGCCAACAAGUUUCUCGAGUCGCUCAUGGGCUUUGACAAAGACAACAUUCCGGAUGCGGUCAUCGCCAAGGUCCAGCCGUACAUCGACGACCCGAACUUUACGCCCGAUGCGAUUGAAAAGUCCUCGAAAGCGUGCACGGCCAUUUGCAUGUGGGCGCGCGCCAUGUACACGUACUACUUUGUUGCCAAGUCGGUCGAGCCCAAGAAACAGGCGCUCGCCCAAGCGCAGACCGAGCUCGACGCGACGAUGGAGAUCCUCCGCGGCGCGCAAGCCGGUCUCAAGCAGGUGACCGACCGCCUCGCCGAGCUCGAGGCGAGCUACAACGCUGCGAUCGCCAAGAAGGAGGAGCUCGCGGCCAAAGUCAUUCAGUGCCAAGUGCAGCUCUCGAACGCCGACAAGCUCAUCGGCGGCCUCGGCGGCGAAGAGACGCGUUGGAAGGCCACGGUCGCGCAACUUGAAAAAGACUACGUCAACCUCACAGGCGACGUGCUCGUGAGUGCGGGUACGAUCAGCUACCUCGGCGCCUUCACGGCCGAGUUUCGGGACGACUUGGUCUCGAGUUGGCAUGGCGCGCUCGUGACCUAUCACGUGCCGCACUCGGCCGGCUGCGGCAUCGUCGGAACGCUCCAAGAUCCUGUCAAGCUGCGCACGUGGCAGAUUGCGGGUCUGCCGACCGACACGGUCUCGACGCAGAACGGCAUCAUCAUGUCCCGCGCGCGUCGGUGGCCGCUCCUGAUUGACCCGCAAGGCCAGGCCAAUCGGUUUGUUAAAAACCUCGGGAAGGAAAAAGCGCUGUGCGAAAACGGCAUGGACGUCGUCAAGCAGUCGGACAAGAACUUCCUGCGCGCGCUUGAGAAUGGCAUCCGCUUUGGCAAAUGGGUCGUGCUUGAGAACGUCACGGAAGAGCUCGACGCGGCGCUCGAGCCAGUGCUGUUGCAGCAAAAGUUCAAACAAGGCGGCCAAGACGUCAUCCGGCUCGGCGAAAACGUCAUUCCGUACAACGAGAGCUUUCGGUUCUACAUGACGUCCAAGCUCGCGAACCCGCACUACCCACCCGAAGUCUGCGUCAAAGUGAGCUUGCUGAACUUUACGAUCACGAUGAAGGGCCUCGAAGAACAACUGCUGAACGUCGUCGUCCAAAAGGAGAUGCCCGAGCUCGCCGAAAAGAAGAACGAACUCGUGCUCUCCAACGCCGCGUCCAAGCGACAAUUGUACGAAAUUGAGAACCAGAUCUUGUACCUUCUCUCGCACUCGCAAGGCAACAUCCUCGACGACACGAAUCUCAUCGAGACGCUCGCGUCCUCCAAGCAAACGUCGGCGGUCGUCGUGGAGAAGAUGAAGGAGGCCGAAGAGACGGAGAAGGAAAUUGACGCACGCAGCGACGGGUACCGCCCGGUCGCCUACCGUGCGGCGCUGCUCUUUUUCUGUAUUGCCGACCUCGCGCGGGUCGACCCGAUGUACCAGUACUCGCUCCCGUGGUUCACGUCGAUCUUUGUGCGGUCGAUUCUGGCCGCCAAGCCGUCACCGCAGCUCGCGACGCGGCUCCAAAACCUCAACGAUUACUUUACCUACUCGAUCUACAAGAACGUGUGCCGGUCGCUCUUUGAGAAGCACAAGCUUCUCUUUUCGUUUCUGCUCACGAUCAAGAUUCUCAUGGGCAACAACGAGAUCGACGGCCUCGAGUGGCGCUUCCUCCUCUCGGGCAUGGCCCCCAAUACGCUCACGGUCGAGAACCCGGCGCCGACGUGGCUCGAAGGCUACGCGUGGACAGAGCUCUGUCGACUCGCAACGUUACCGGCCUUUGAGGGCUUUACGGAGGCAUUUGCGGCGCACAAGGCGGUGUACCGAGGCCUCUUUGACAGCCCCGAGCCGCACGUCGUGCCGCUUCCCGGCGGGUGGCAGACCAAGCUCGACGCGUUCCAGCGCCUCUGCGUCCUCCGCAGUCUCCGCCCCGACAAAAUGAUGGAAGGGAUUCAGAACUUGGUGGUUGAGAAACUCGGGCAGCCGUUCAUUGAGCCGCCGCCGUUCGACUUGCUAGAGACGUUCGAGGAUUCGACGCCCGUGUCGCCGCUUAUUUUCGUGCUGUCGCAAGGCUCGGACCCGGCCAAGGACUUGUUGACGUUUGCGAUCGCGACCAAAAUGGACGCCAAGCUCAAGAGUAUCGCGCUCGGUCAAGGCCAAGGCACGCUGGCCGCGCGCUUGAUUGAGAAUGCGGUACAGAAAGGCGAGUGGGUCCUCCUCCAGAACUGCCACUUGGCGCUGAGCUGGAUGCCAGAUCUCGAGCGCAUCUGCGAAGAGCUCGACCCGGCCAAGCUGCACGUGGAUUUUCGACUCUGGCUCACGAGCAUGCCGACGCCCGUCUUUCCCACCUCGGUGCUCCAGAACGGCGUCAAAAUGACCAAGGAGGCACCCAAAGGGCUGCGCGCCAACCUCAAAAACACCUACUACAAACUCAACGACGACGCUUUGAGCGUGACGGCCAAGCCCGACGUGUUCCGGAAGCUCCUCUUUGGGCUCUGUUUUUACCACGCGAUCGUGUGCGAGCGCAAGCGGUUUGGCGCGCUCGGCUGGAACAUUCCGUACUCGUUCAACGAGACCGACCUCGACAUUAGCGUCGCGCAACUUGAAAUGUUCCUCGACACGUACGACAAGGUGCCAUUUGAAGUGCUACAGGUCAUGACGAGCAUGAUCAACUACGGCGGCCGCAUCACGGACGACAAGGACAUGCGAACGUCCGACGUGAUUCUCAUGACGUACUUUUGCCCCGCGAUUCUUGAGAGCGGGUACAAAUUUUCGACCAGUGGCGUCUACUACUCGUUGGCCGCCAACCCCAAAACGCCAUACGCCUCGUACGUCGAGUACAUCAACAGUCUGCCCAUCAACCCCGAGCCCGAAGUGUUUGGCAUGCACGAGAACGCCAACAUUACGUGCGCCCAAGCCGAGACCUACGACGUCUUUGACAUCAUUUUGAGCCUCCAGCCCCGCGUGAGCGCAGGCGCCGGCCUCUCGCGCGAAGACACGAUUGCGAGCGCGGCCGCGACCAUCGAGGCGAGCUUGCCGCCCCACUUUGACCUCGAGUUUGUCCAAGUCAAGUACGCGGUCUCGUACACCGAGUCGAUGAAUACCGUGCUCGCGCAGGAGGUUGAGCGCUUCAAUAAGCUCUUGACCGUCAUGAAGGAGACGCUGCAGCAAGUUCAGCGCGGCCUCCGCGGUCUCAUCGUGCUCUCGGCCGAGCUCGAAGCCAUGGGCAACUCGCUUUACGACCAAAAAGUGCCUUUGCUCUGGGAAGCCAAGGCAUACCCUUCGCUCAAGCCGCUCACGUCGUGGGUCGCGGACCUCCUGGAGCGCCUCCACUUUAUCAGUCAUUGGAUCGACCACGGCAUCCCGAUCGUGUUUUGGAUUUCGGGCUUCUUUUUUCCCCAGGGCUUUAUGACGGGCAUCAUCCAGAACCACGCACGCCGCCAAAAACUGCCCAUUGACACGCUCUCGUUCCAAUACCUCAUGAUGCGAGAAGAGUUGGCGGACGUAACGACGCGGCCGGACGAGGGCUGCUACAUUUACGGGCUCUUCCUCGAGGGCGCGCGCUGGAACAAGGACAUUGCGUCGCUCGACGACCCGUUCCCGAAGGAGCUCUUUGCCAAGAUGCCGCUCAUGCAUUUGCACCCGCAGCAGAAGCGCGAGGCGCCCGCAAACGGCAUUUACCGCUGCCCCGUGUACAAAAUCCUCACGCGCACGGGCACGCUCUCGACGACGGGACACUCAACCAACUUUGUCAUGUGGAUCGAGAUCCCGUCGAACCGGCCGACGAUCUGGCGCAACUCGCUCGUCUCCGAGACGAAUGCGCAAGUCCUCUUUUGCGACCAAGAGUACUGGAUCAAGGCUGGCGUUGCGUGCUUCUGUGCGCUGCGCUACUAAACUUUAGGCGCCCUCGUCGUUUUACGGCUGCUAAAAACACCUUGUACAAAUGGUCAC